UACGUACGCAUCACAACGUUGUAAAUCUUGCAGUUAACAGUUGUUAUUAUUUGCUAUAAUUUUUAAUUCAAAAUGCCAAGAAUCUACGCUAUCGACUGCGAGAUGGUUCAGAAUAACAUGAACCAGGGCAUGCUCGCCAGAGUCUCCCUUGUCGACGAAGAUUUGAGGGUUGCUAUGGACGAAUAUGUAAAACCUACUCACCCUAUAUCGGACUACCGGACCUGGAUAUCUGGAAUACAGCCUGGAUAUGAACGGGACGCUAAACCGAAGAGUGAAGUUAUUAGUCGUUUGGGGAAUAUUAUCAACGGGCACGUGCUGGUUGGUUUUGACAUUCAGAAAGACCUGGAUGCGUUGGGAAUAACUUACGGGAAUAUAAAGGACGUAGCGACAUACGGUCCUUUUCUAAAAUUCGGCCAAAAACAGUCGCUUAAGACUUUGACCUAUCAAGAGCUCGGUUUAAACAUUCAAAAUGGAGCUCACGACUCCAUUGAAGAUGCGCGAGCCGUUAUGAAGAUUUACAAGAAACAUCGCUUUUAAGUUUUAACUGUCUAACAAAAUCCAAAUCUAAGUUUUUAUUCUUAAGUAAAAUUUAAGUUCUAUUUGGUAAAAUAAAUUUAUUUUUUAUGA